CCCCCACCUUUCUUUCCUUCCUCUCCCUCUCCUAGUCUACCACCGCUUGCCCGCCGCCGCGCCUGGCUCGACCACGGCCGGUCAACCUACAGCAACCUCCCCGACGCCCGGAUCAAGCCUCAUCCUCCCCCUACAGCGUCCUCCGUCCGGAUCGAGCAUCUGGUCUUGGCGGCGGCGGGAGGCAAGCUGCAGAGGAGGGAGACGAGGAAGGGAAGAGGGUUACAUGCAUGCACUAUAUAUCAAUUCUUCGUUUUAGGAUGAUCGUUUUAUGAGAUAGAAGGGAGGUCAUAUUGAAGUAGAAUUCGAUCUGUGGUGGAUCUAAAUGGAAAGUGGCAUGAGAAGAAGUUCAGAAACUUCAGUGAAAGCUUUAUCAUCAAUGGCAAGUGAGGCAUCCAGGAAUACCGAUCCUGGCCAACAGGGUUUACGUUUCAACUCCACCGACCAGUCCUACUUUGCAAGAGCUGGCCAAUCAAUCCCUGUAUUCCCUCCAUUCUUUGGUCCUCAGUCUUCCAGUUUCUGUCUUCCUGAUGGCAGUGGCGCUAAAGUGGGCGGUCAGUUUGAACCGAAUCCUUCACUGAACAAUCCUAUAUCCGAUUGGGAUCCGCAGGCAAUGCUGAGCAACCUAUCCUUCCUUGAGCAGAAGAUCAAGCAGGUAAAAGAUGUUGUGCAGUCCAUGAGUAAUCGAGGAAGCCAAGUUGUCGGUGGUUCCGGCGAGCUUGCAGCAAAGCAGCAGCUCGUCACUGCUGAUCUCACUUGUAUCAUAAUUCAGCUUAUCUCAACAGCUGGUUCCAUGCUUCCUUCCAUGAAGAGCCCACUCCUUAGCAGCAAUCCAGCUGUCAGGCAACUUAGCAACACGCUUGGUUCUCCUAUGGGCUUUGGCUCGAUUGCUAAUCAGCGACCAAGCAUAAACAAGGAGCAGACAAUUCCUGACAUUACCAAGACCUCUGACUACGAGGAGCUGAUGAAUACCAUUAACACUACUCAUGAUGGAAAGGAUGAUCUGAUCAAAUGCCCAAAUCCUUGUGUCGGGGAAGGAUCUGACCCAAUUCCAUUCGAAGACCAUGACGUGAAGGAGAGCGAUGAUGGUGGUGAGGGAGAGAACCUCCCCCCUGGUUCUUAUGUGGUCUUGCAAUUGGAAAAGGAGGAGAUUUUAGCGCCACACACUCAUUUCUGUGUGAUAUGUGGCAAGGGUUUCAAGAGAGAUGCGAACCUAAGGAUGCACAUGAGGGGCCAUGGCGAUGAGUACAAGACACCUGCUGCUCUUGCCAAACCAAUGAAAGAUUCCAGCUCAGAUCAUACACCAGUUACAAGGUACUCGUGCCCAUUUGUCGGAUGCAAGCGGAACAAAGAACACAGGAAGUUCCAGCCUCUUAAGACGAUCUUGUGUGUGAAGAACCACUACAAGAGAAGCCACUGCGACAAGAGCUAUACCUGCAGCCGAUGCAACACCAAGAAGUUCUCGGUCAUCGCGGACUUAAAGACUCAUGAGAAGCACUGUGGGCGCGACAAAUGGCUCUGUUCAUGUGGAACAACCUUCUCAAGAAAGGACAAGCUGUUCGGGCAUGUUGCCCUCUUCCAAGGGCACACACCUGCUCUUCCAAUGGAUGAUAUCAAAGGAACAUGUGUGUCAGAUCAGCCUGAGGGGAGCGAGGUGAUGGAUGACAUGGUGGGGAGCACAGGAUAUAACUUCCCAGGCAGCGCAUCCGAUGGUAUCCCUAAUCUCGACAUGAAAGUUGCUGACGAUGUACGUGGUUAUUUCUCGCCGUUGAGCUUCGAUCCGUGCUUCGGCGCACUCGAUGACUUCACUCGCCCUGGAUUUGACAUAUCCGAGAAUCCCUUCUCCUUCUUGCCCUCAGGACCAGGGUCGUGCAGCUUCGGGCAACCUAGCGGCGACAGCUGAUGGAGGUUACAGUUGACGACAAUGGCAGCGUCGACCUUUAUGUAUUAUGUAUGACGCGGGGCUUGUUCUUCCUCUAUUCAGGGAGCUAUUUUGGUCCAUGCCUCUUUUCUUAAAGUGUACUUUUAUUUUGUGGUCAUCAAUAAUGAUCUAGCACUUCCAUAUAGAUUGUGAUAGCCCCCAAUUGUGAGGUAUAUAUAUUAAAAAUAAUUAUCUGUGUUGGCGCUUUGCGUGUAGCACAAUUGUGCAAUCAAA